AUGUUUCCAGUACGCAGAUACGGCCAUCAUAUUUUGAAAAAUUAUUCGGCCGUUCCAAAUAUGUUCAUCCCCGGCGAAAAAGUGUGCGACAUCGAGGAUAGCAUCUACAGCCACAACACGUAUCCCCACAACACAUCAAUACACUCAUCGGUGCUGGGCACGCUGACACGCAUCAACAAACUGGUAAUGAUUGAGCCGUGCACCAGGUACCGGUACAUUCCACUGGCCGGCGACAUAAUCGUUGGGCGUGUGGCCAUGCUGUCGGUGAAGAGGUGGAAGAUAGAGGCUAAUGCUCAGCUCGAGUGCAUACUGAAUUUGACAACGAUAGCACUGCCAGACAAUGCGCAGAGGAGAAAGCUGGAGCAGGAUGAGAUGCUCAUGCACAGUUUCUUUGAUGUGGAUGAUGUUUUGGUGGCUGAGAUACAGAAGGUUAACGUGGGAUCGGCCGUGCUCAGCACGCGCAACGAGCGGUACGGUAAGUUAACGAACGGGGUUCUUAAAAUUGUGCCGCUGUGUGCUGUCGGUAGUUAUCGGAGCAGCUUCGUGGAGAACGAGCAGUUAAGAUUUGUGGUUGGAGCUAACGGCUACGUCUUCAUACAGCUGCGAAAAAAUGAAGCGGUAGGUUACGCCAAGAUGGUGGCAGCAGUGCAAUACCUCGAUAAAUGCGCUGCUCAAGGAUGCGCAAUCGAUGAUAAAAUACUCGAAUCGCUAUAAUUAAAUUUAAUUUACCUGC